AUGGGUAAGUUCUACACCUGCAGUUGCUUUUGCACUGAUAAUAUUUUUCUUGAAGAAUACAAGCUCCAUGUUCGAUUCGUGAACGAAAACCAAUUUAGGACGGAUUAUCAAAUGAUCUUGAGAUCUCGUGGCUGUAAUACCGAUUCUCAAUUCCACUGCGUCCUCGAGAAGGUCCGUCUCGAGAUUGAUAGGCGCCGCACUCUAGGAGUAAAAUCAGCAGAAAGAGAAGCUACCAUAAGAGAGACGUACAAACCUCUUCACAAACACGUUUAUCAUUUGCAGGAGUCAUUUCUGGCUCCCGGAUUUCUGGAAAUAGUCAAAUAUUGCAGCGGCGAAGAUGCCAGCAAAGACGGACUGAUGAAACUGAUACAUGAAGAAGCAGCACCAAGGGUCUAUCGCUUCCCUGUGUUCAGUAAGGAUUUCUGUCAGGAGUUGAUAGAGGAGCUGGAGAAUUUUGAACAGUCAGAGGCACCGAAAGGCAGGCCAAACACCAUGAACAACUAUGGGAUUCUCUUAAAUGAGUUGGGCUUUGACGAGGAUUUCAUCACACCACUGAGGGAGAAGUAUUUACAUCCAGUCACUUCUAUACUAUACCCUGACUGUGGGGGGCAGUGUCUGGACAGCCACAAAGCUUUUGUAGUAAAAUAUGCCAUGAAGGAAGACUUGGAUCUCUGCUAUCACUAUGACAAUGCUGAGGUCACUCUGAAUGUCUCACUGGGAAAAGAGUUCACAGAGGGCAAUCUGUACUUUGGAGACAUGAGACAGGUCCCCCUGAGUGAGACGGAGUGUGUGGAAGUGGAGCAUCAUGUGACAGAGGGUUUGCUCCACAGGGGUCAACACAUGCAUGGAGCUCUGCCCAUCACCUCUGGCCUCCGCUGUAACCUCAUCAUAUGGAUGAGGGCCUCCCGUGAACGGAACCAGCUCUGCCCCAUGUGCGGCAAGAAACCCACGCUAGUGGAGAGCGACGGCUUUGCAGACGGUUUCACCGCCGACGCUACCGGGCCAACAGCCCAGCAAACGUCAUGCCUUUUAACUUAAGCCGAGAUUCAAGAGGCUAGUCAAAGCAUCUGUGAACAGUCCGAAACGGCUUUGUCUCAUACAAAUAACUAUUGGGUUGAAAUGAGGGCUAAUUUGAUUUAGGCCAGACAAUAUUGUUCUGGCAACACUGUUUUCUUGUAUUUACAAAAUGCCAGAUAUUUUAUCUCUCUGGAGUGGUUCACUGACAGUUUGCUUGAAUGAAGCUCUUACUCUCUGCUGGAUUGCAUUA